CAAGAGAGUGAGGCUUGUAGAAAACGUCGAUGCUGAUGUCCUCCACCUGUUGCUCGUUAAUCAUCUGAAAGUGUAACAUGUAAUUCACAUCAUCCUUGCUUAAUGUCCGGGACCCCAAAACAGGUGCCAUGGCGAGGGCUAAGGAGUUUUUUGGAUUUUUAAUAUAUGUCAGCACUUCCAGACAGGACAGGUUCGUCUGCCUAUAAGUACAUGGAUGAGUACUGAGAACGACAAGGGGCAGAGAGAGUACUGAGCAAACCAGACAACGGCGCAACCAACUCAACAAAAAUAUAGGGGUGUAGUGGGAAUGCACAUUCCAAUACCAGCACUCCCAAUUCAUUCACUGCCAUUUUUCUUCGGAAAGAGUUUUGUAUUUUAUUAUUUGUAACAUUAGAAAUUCCCGAUGAAAGACAGGGAGUUGUUUUUAUCGGUCCCUCAUAGGUUGUUUGAGCUGCCUCGUUGCAUUCCUAUUUUGGCUGUGACACUUCCGUAAUCCUUCGGUUAGAGUGCACACGUGAGUAGAUUGACAUUGGCGCUAUCUUGUUGUUUUUACGCCUGUUCAGGGGACAUAUUCAUGUUUUGACCCAUAUUUGUAUAUCUACAUGGCUUUAACCUGUAUCCAGCAUUGUCAGAGAUGCACCAGUUUACUGAGGUCAAGGAGUGUUGGUAUCACCACCCUUCAGUAUUCCACAGAUGCCCAGCAUUGGCCUGCAGCCCUCUGGAAUUCUUUCAUUGUUCCAGUCUUGCCCUCUCUGCUCCAGAGAAGUCCGAAUCCAUCUCAGACGCGACAGAGGUGGAAUCUAGGAGUGCGGAGUUACUGUGAAUCUCAUGCUAAGGUCCAACCAUCUCAAACGAAACACAGGAAUACUGAUGAGUUACCUGGGACUGAUAUGGUGUCAUAUCAGAAUCCUGUCUCCCAUCAACUCAUAGAUGGAGGGAUGCUUCUGAAGGAGUGGCAGACAGCUUUUGAUUUGGAUGAUGCCCCAGGCCACUCUGCAUUAGAGGAGAUCAGUCAUGAGGAGGCAGUUCGAAUGGACAUCCCAGCUGCCCUGCCUCCUGUCUCCAUCUCCCUGAAAGACUAUGUCAAUGAGUCAGAGACGCUUGGAAAGCUUGUACAGCUAGGUGUUCAGCUAUGGAAACUGGAGCAGAGGCCUAACGUGGGUUCCAUGUUGCUGAGGCUAGACUUCCAGACAGACGUGACCCCACGGCUGGUCUUCCUGAAGCAGCUGGGAGUGGAGGAUUCUCGCCUGGGUUAUCUGAUCAGCCACAACCCCUUCAUCCUCACAGAGAGCCUGGAGAACCUGCAGGCCAGGGUGGCAUAUCUUAGGUCCAAGAAGUUCAGCGCUGAGUCUGUGGCUUCCAUGGUGUCCAGAGCUCCGUACCUGCUGAACUUCAGUGUGAAGAGGAUGGACAACCGCCUUGGAUUCUACCAACAGCAGUUAGGCCUUAGUGCUCAGAAGACACGGGAUGUUGUGGCUCGCCUUCCCAGACUUUUGUGUGGGAGCUUGGAGACCGUUAAGGAGAAUCUUAAGAUAUGCAAACUGGAGAUGGGGUUUCGUGAAAAUGAGCUCCAGCACAUUGUCACUGUAAUCCCCAAAGUUCUUACUGCUAACAAGAGGAAACUGACCCAGAUAUUUGACUACAUCCACAACACCAUGAACAUACCCCAUGACCUGAUUGUAAAGUUCCCACAGGUCCUGAAUGCAAAGUACCUUCGUAUCAAAGAAAGACACCUGUUCCUGCAAUACCUAGAUAAGGCUCAGUAUGACCCUGCCAAGCCUAACUACAUCUGUCUGGACAAGCUUGUCUCCCUGCCAGAUGAGGCCUUCUGCACUGAAGUGGCAUCAGCCACACUAAAGGACUUUGAACUGUUUCAGAAGACGAUGUAAUUAAUAAAACACUACAGUUUCUG